AUGUCUUCAGGCGAGGAUCGCCGCUCGGUUCCAGCCACCACGUUCGAUGCGCUCCCGGACGAAGGCAGCGAGGAAUUCAAGUCUUACCUAUUCGGUGGGUAUAAAAAGACGAGACCCUCGUACCCGCAGCUUCACCAGUCAGCCGACAACCCGACUCCAGGACUGCCCGAGCAUCAGUCCCCCAAAUACCCCUUCCCGGAAUCCGAAAGACAACACCAACAACAACAACAACAGCACCAGCCCCACACCGACGCCUACACCUCCUUCGGCGACGGCACCGGCACAACCGCAACCGUCAACGUCUACGGCAACCUCAUCCAGCUCUCUCGCUACCUAGGCGGCGGCGGCGACAUCCACGGCGGCGGCGGCCGCUCCGGCUUCCUCUCCCUCGACCUGCCCGGCACGCCGCCGCCGCCGCUGGUGCAGGAGCGCGCGCAGGCGCUGGCGGACCUGGCGACGAACCCGGCCGCCACGCUGUGCGGGCUGUACAUGGAGGACGAGUCGGACGUGGUGCGCGCGCUGGACGGGCGCAAGCCGCGCGUCGAGUCUGUGCGGGACCGGUGGCCGCGGUUUGUGUUUUGUGACGACGACGACGACGACGACGACGACGACGAUGGUGAUGGUGAUGGUGAUGGUGAUGGUGACCGUGCGGGAUCAAUAUCAGGAGAGCAGCCGCCGCGCCGCGCGUCGCCGCCGUUUACGCUUUCGGUGCAGUAUUUCGUGCGGGACGGGACGGUUUUCCAGCAGCAUGUGUUUGAGAGGAAGGCGGGGCGGAGGCUGGACGAGCACGUCGUCGUGGUGCCGAACGUCAUGAUCGACACGGAUGUGCUGAUCCGGCAGCUGGACUUCACGGCGGCAGACGGCCCCGGCGACGGUGGUGGGGGGGACGAGGGGAGAGGAGGGACGUACGGAUCAUCGGCUGCUGAGGUGUAUUCGACGUCGCUCGGCCCGCAUGGAUACAGCCUCGUUCUCGAUCACUCUGGCGUCUCGUCUUCGAGAUCAGCCGAGGGCUCCACGGCUAACCUCUUUCCUGGACCGGAGCAGCUGGAUGGCAAUGGACGUGAGGGGUUGUCCGAUUCCGCCGGCCUGGUUCUGGCGCUCUUCGUCAAUGGCGUGCCGCAGCGGAUCGAAGAAGUGGAGAACAAGUGGUACAAGAUUGCCGACAGGGACAAAGCCGAAGCCGAUUUCAUCAUAUCGGGCCGGGUGGAGAUCACCUUGGCUUACCGGUUGCAGAUCACUUCGGCAGCAGAGCGCAACAACGGCCAGUGGAGGUCGUCCCUGGUCUCUGCGUCCGACUUGUGGGCCAUGGAUCGGCACUUCUGCGCGACCCCGUUCGGACACCUUUCACUCUCGUCGAGCCAGCACGAGAAUUACGUCUUGAGGAGGAACCUGGAGCAUGUGCUUUCCGUGUGCAGUGUUCCAGUGUCUGGUGGGGAUACGAUGGCGUCGUCUGAUGACUGUCCAGCUGUCGCCUUCACGUGCGGAGAUUUCUCAGGUCAUCGUAUCGUCACAGCCGCUAGUUUCUAUGCGUUCACCUUCUUGUUGACCGUCUACGAGAAGCUGAAAACUGCCCUCGGUCAGCCUGGUGGACACUCCGUCGGAUCGCAAGCGUACGUUGUUGAAGUGAUGGGGCGCAUACGAGCUACCUGCAAAGGCCACUUGAGAUGGGUAUUCGAAACGGCCGAAAGGGGAGAGCACGGCUGCUUCGAAACGCACUACUGGGCCACUGGAAAGCUCAUCUCGGAAUCGAUGGCGUCGUCUGCUUCUUCGAAGCUAGGCGCAAGACUGUUGACCGACACUCCUUUCCAGAUCAUCAAGGUGGCUGAGUUCACGAAAACGUUCGAGGACGACACUUUCCGCGAACAUGUGCGCAAGUGCAUUGGUCCGUGGAUUGGGAUGCUAGAUGGGCUGGAUCGACGGAAGUGCUUCGCAUUCGCUCGGCCAACCAGCGCCUUCACGGGGGAGUACCGCCUGGAUGACCAUGUCUGGAUAUGGAAGGCCCUGAGAUGCAUCGAAGAUCUGGGCUUCGGUAUGCAAUUGAAGCCCCAGACGGUCAAGGCCAGGAGAAAGAGAACUACGCGAAGCAUUCCGGGGCGGCGAAUUGAGAGAAAGGAGAGCGAGGAUGGAAAACAUCAGCAACCCUCGAGGGAUUUCUCUUCUGGGGAGGCGCAGCGCCACAUGCUUCGUAGAUUCACGACGGACAACCCCGUCCUGAUGAAUCAGCGCAUGCUCGCCGUGUCGCGUUCGGCCGGGGAGAGCCGCUUUCUAUUCUUCUCCCGCGACACAGCCCUAUUCCACGACAUGAACUCGGCCUUCUUCGAGGUGGCAGCGGCGGACAACUCGAGAGGGCAGAACCAGAUCGUAGCGUGGGAGCGCACCAUCGAGUCCCAGCGCCACCACGAGGAAAACGAAGACGCUGGGUGGGAUAACCCACUGCGGUACGCGCUGGCCAUCGUCAUGGGUAAGAAGGGGCAUGCGAUCAAUAACCAGCGAUCGGCGGAGAACAUGUGCGACGUGGCAACAGCGGUUUUGCUUCGAAGCUCCUCACCAAGUGGGCUGUUCGCAGGCCAGCUCGACGAGGUUACCAAGGAGCCGGACAUGGUACAGGAGAAACGAACGUGGGAUUUUUACUGGCACGCCGCUUUCGAGAUCCCAUACGUGCUGCUGAAGUACGGGAAGAGCCGAGUGCAAGCACUCGCCCAACAUCCGAAGAGGACCGUCAUCAGUACUCACAUCGAGCCACUCGUAUUCGAAACGAUACCGGAGCCCGAGGAUUUGGUCGGGCACAACACCACCGCAUUUAGUGGUGGAAAAAGACAUGGCCUGAUCAUGAAGAAGACGGUGCCCUUCAACGAUCUCUUCGAUCACCAAAACAUAAUCGAGCCCGCCGACGAGUGGUUGUACAACUAUCCGGCCUUCCUUGAUUUUGAUCCACAGUUGAGCCGCUUCCAACCCUACGAAAUCAACCAAAAUUUCAACUUCUAUGACCGCCUCCGCUCCCUCUCCCCAGACAGCAAUAUGUGGGACGAUAUUCGCAUCGAGGAUCGGGUUCAAUACGAUGUGGCCCGGUGGCUCUGCGAGAUGGGAAGCGAGACGUGGGAGGCUGUACGGAGCUGCCACGAGCGCAACGGAAUAUUCUUCGACGAAGACGGCGUCAGAGGCACCGUGUUAGAUGUGGCGAGGUGCGGCUUUAUGCAUCAGGCGCAGUCAGAGCAGCACAUUUACCAUCACCAUACUCACCAUGAGCUUGGAGCCCCUGGCCGCAAUAUCCGCAUGCUGCACAUCUCCCAAUUGAGGGAAGCGCUCGACAGGGUAAGAACGGCUGACUCGGCGAAGAAGCGGCUCGUUUGGCUGCCCCGUGUCGACCACGGGUCGACUAUACUCUGCUGCUUGGCGGCGGCUGGUGCCGAAAAGCCGAAUCUGUCGUCCUUCUUCGACAGGCACUCCAAGGCCGAGAAGUACCUCUUGGAUGACGUGGCAUCGGUGUUGAACAUAUGGGAAACCGAAUUCCACCUGUCGUAUUACCAGCUUGUAGACAGAGCCCCCAGCAAACUGGAGGUAGACGAGCGGAUGUCGCCCCUGGAAGUCGACGGGUUUCCGGGCAAGGGUAGGAAGAUCGACCGCGCGGCUGUGGGCUUCCGAUUCAACGGUGACUUCUUCGACCGAUACUGGACAUGUCACUUCCUGGAACGCAGGCCAGGAGACGAUUCCUUGAGUGAGAAGGAGCUCGAGACACGGAUACACGACAUCAUUUUCGACAAGCGGUUGCCCAAAGCCGAUCGGGACAAGCCUCUGUGGAGGCAGCGGAAGGUGCUCGAGCUCCUCCUGUUCGAUAAGAUGGUAGGCGAUAUGACGCAGAGCGCGAACGAGGUGCUGGAAGCGGCGAAAUGGAAGGUGCAGCAGGAUCUCGGGGUGCGCAGAGGCAGCGACAUGGCCGUCUUGAAGGCGCGUUCGGAUACGCUGUCAGACGCUCUCACGGACUCGAUCUCGUUGUUCAGGAUCGACAGCGAUGCGUACCUGUCUUUCCGAGAGGAGUGGGCGAUGCUGGAGCGGAUUCUGCAAGUGCUGGAGGAGGAUCUGAGCGAGAAUCUCGAGAAGAUUUCGAGCUGGCAGCGACGGGACAAGGACCGGGGCCCGGAAAGGCCACGGUGGACGCGCAACGACGAGCGCAAGUAUCGGUCGGCAGUGACGAAGCUGGAAGUGUCGAACGAGCGGCGGGUGCAGGAGCUCGAGCGAUGUCGGGCCCGCAUCCGUUCGUUUGGGCAGUCGCUCACCGACCGCCUGGACCGCGUUCGCGACGACCUCAACCUGCGCGGUGCCGAAGACAUCCGCCUCUUCACCUACAUCACCGCUUUCUUCCUGCCGCUCGGCUUCGCCAUCUCCAUCUUCAGCAUGAGCGACGGCACGCCUCAAUGGCUGCCCGUUGUCGGCGCCAUCGCCGUUGCCGCCGUCACGCUUCUCAUCGUUAUCAUCGCUCUGAUCAACGCACGAGAGCUUGAGCUCGGCUUCAAGGCUAUGCUCAAUCUUCUGAGGCGGAACACCAUUGCCAGCGAGAGGUCACCGCGGAAGGGGAGCAUCGGAUCCGUCCGAGGUCGAAAACCCGGCGGCCUGAGCAUCGUGCCUCCUGGUCGGGCGAGGGAGAACGGCUCAUCGACUACAGAGGAGAAAAACGAUCAAAGUGCGGUCGGAAAGGGGCGAAUGUUGUCUUUCUUGACGCAGCGCCAAGGCAUUCGGAGAGCGAGACCUCUCAGGUCGCCGCAGCCCCCGGUGUAA